UCAGCCCCGUGGAAGGCGAUGAGGUGACCCGCGACCAAGACCGAGACCUUUGUAAACAUGGCUGCCCUAUCCGCCGCGGGUUUCUCGGGUGUGGUAAGAGCGCCUGUGCUGAGGUGGGCCGCAGCGACCCUUCACACUGGUUCCACCCUCGAGGCAGCCAGGAAAGGGACGCGUGCCAAAGCAGAAGCCAAAAAGAAGGCGUCAAAGAAGGAGGAAGUGAAAAGAGAAUUUAUUCCAUUAAAGAAACGGCUUGAACUGAAGCAGACAGGCGGUGUGUCUCCUCGCCGAUUUGAAGACCACCUAAAAAAUCCAAGCGACAAUGUUUGGAUUACAAGGUUCUACAAGUGGAAGGUGUACAGCGUUGCGGAGGCUGUUGACAUGCACCGGGAGACUCACCACCCGACACAGAUUGGUCUCCCGAACGCUCUGUUGGAUGCAGUCAUUGAACUCAACAUGACGGCGGACAAAAAGAACCGGUUUGUUGAUGACUUCUACAGUGUAGUUCGCAUGCCACAUGAUUUUGACACUACUCAAGAAAGAUCAGUCCUUGUCAUCUCCAAGAACGAGGAGGUGAAGGAGCAAGCCAUACAGAUGGGAGCAACACAUGCAGCAGGUCUUGAAAUCAUUAAGCUAGCACAGGCUGGGGAGAUCAACUUGAGGGAGUAUGAUCAUUAUCUUGCAGACACUGAAAUUCUUCCAGAACUUGUUGCCAUCAGAGGCUUGAUCAAGAAGAAGUUUCCCUCAGUCAGAGGUGGAACUGCUGCCAAUGAUGUCCUGCAACUGCUUGAGCGCUUCACUAAAGGUGUUGAAUACAGCACCACAAAAGAUAAAUAUCACCAUGACUAUGCAACGAUCAGAGCACCUUUUGGCCGGCUUGGCAUGUCCAACGAUCAACUAGAGGAGAACCUUGCAGCGCUCCUUGAGGAUGUGGAGAAGCAGAGACCACAGAAGAAGUCCGGCAGCCUCAUCACAAUGGCCAUGAUUCUGUGUCCUCCCAGCAGAGAACAGUUCAAGAUCGACCACAAGCUCUAUGACCUGCAGGCAAAUCCUGUUAAAUUAGCUACAACUGCUUGAGUGAUUCGUGAUCACAAAUGUACAUAAAUGUUAAAUUUUGUUUAUAUAAGGUUCAAAAUAGUCAACACGUAUGCAGUUUAUCGCAGUUUUUUAAAUAAAUUUUAUGUAUA